GGCGGCUCCGCGCGCGGCCGCUGGGGAGGGCCCCGGGGCCGCGGCGGGCCGGCGGGGCCGCGGCGCGCGCUGAUGGCCGCGCUCGGUACCGGCGCCUUCGUGUGGGACGGGAAGCGCAUCGAGGAGGAGGAGCUGCGGCGGUCGGCGCAGGAGCUGCAGCAGUUGGAGAAUCCCGAGGAAUUCCCGGAGCAGGAGCGGGGCUGGGAGCCGGUGCUGGAGCGGGAGCGCUUCCGCCUCUGGCGCCGCCCCAUCCCGGGAUCGGCGCUCUUCCAGUACCGAGUUUUCGGCUCCUACACCGACGUCACUCCCCGGCAAUUCUUCAACGUCCAGCUGGACACGGAGUACCGCAAGCAGUGGGACUCGCUGGUGCUCAAGCUCGACGUCGUGGAGCGCGACCCGGCCACCGGAUCCGAGGUGAUCCACUGGGUCACCCAGUUCCCGUACCCGAUGUACUCCCGGGAUUACGUUUACGUGCGGCGCUACAGCGUCGACCCCGAGCGCAAGCUGAUGGUGCUCGUGUCCCGGGCCGUGGAGCACCCCGGCGUCCCCGAGCAGCCGGAGCACGUCCGCGUGCGCAGCUACGAGUCGCACAUGGUGAUCCGGCCCCACCGCGGCUUCGACGAGAACGGCUUCGAUUACCUGCUGACGUACAGCGACAACCCGCAGACCGUGUUCCCCCGCUACUGCCUCAGCUGGAUGGUGUCCAGCGGGAUGCCGGAAUUCCUGGAGAAGCUGCACUCGGCGGCGCUGAAGGCCAAGAAAAUGGAGCUGGAGCUUCGGGAUUACCUGAGCCCCGCCAAGGGCCCCGAGCCCUGCGGGGCCGCGCGCCUCGAGUACGCCUGAGACGGCCGGAAAACAGCCGGGAAAAGGAGGGAAAACGACAGGAAAACAACCAGAAAACGGAGGGAAAAUGGAGGGAAAACAACCAGAAAACGGAGGGAAAACGGCGGGAAAAUGGAGGGAAAACAACCAGAAAACUGAGGGAAAACAACCAGAAAACAGAGGGAAAAUGGAGGGAAAACAACCAGAAAACUGAGGGAAAAUGGAGGGAAAACAACCAGAAAACGGAGGGAAAACGGCGGGACAAUGGAGGGAAAACAACCAGAAAACAGAGGGAAAACAACGAGAAAAUGGCGGGAAAAUGGAGGGAAAACAAUGAGAAAAUGGCAGGAAAACAACGAGAAAUUGGCGGGAAAACAACGAGAAAUUGGCGGGAAAACAACGAGAAAUUGGCGGGAAAAUGGCGGGAAAAGUUGUGGAAAAUGGCGGGAAAACAACAAGAAAUUGGCGGGAAAACGACGAGAAAAUGGCGGGAAAACAACGGGAAAUGUUCUGGGAAAUGGUGGGAAAAAUCCUGGAAAAUGGCGGGAAAGGACGGGGAAAUACCAGCAAUAAACUGGGAAAAAACUCUG